CAAUUUCCUUCGAUAAGCGCAGCACAUUCACAUCGUUGCCCACAUUGCAAGUGCAGAGCUGUCUGGCCAGACAGCGCGUUGAUGAUCCCGCUGGCAGCCACAACGAGGGUAGCGACGGCCGCCUCCUCCCCCUCUGUCGCCCGCCUUGCCUCGCUCACGGCCCAGCUCGCACGACCCGCUUCGCAACAGACGUCUUCCGCAGCCAUGUCGAGCAGCGCAGUGCAGCGGGAAAAGGGCAGCAGCAGCGCAGGCGAGCCGACGAUGCCGCGCUUUGAAAAGACGCCCGUGCCGGCGAACCCGCUCGGGCCAGGCAACUACGUCAAGACGGCGGCUUGUCUCAUCAUUGGCGAUGAGGUGCUCAAUGGAAAGACAAAAGACUCCAACUCCAACUACUUUGCAAAGUGGUGCUUCAACCUCGGAAUCGACGUAAAGAGGAUCGAGGUGAUCCCCGACGAUGAGGACGACAUCAUCGAGGCUGCUCGCCGUAUGACGGACAAGUACGACCUUGUCCUCUCCAGCGGCGGCAUCGGUCCCACACCCGACGACAUCACGUACGAGAGCAUGGCCAAGGCCUUCAACGCAGAGCCGCUCGAGUACUCGCAGGAGACGCUCCGGCGCAUGCAGGAGAACAUGGCUGCGAGGCGGCGCGACUGGGGCCAGCAGACGGAGGAGAUGAUAACGGCCAGGAAGCGCAUGGCGCUGUUCCCCAGCAAGAACGCAGAGAUCAUCUGGCCCACCGAGGAGCUCUGGGUGCCCGUGGUGCGCAUGGCCGGCAAGCUCUGCAUCCUGCCCGGCGUGCCCCGCCUCUUUGAGGCGCUACUCGACGGCCUCGAGCCCUACGUGCCCAUCGACCCCAACCGACCGCGGCCAUUCCGGCUGCUGGUGCACACCAAGCUGCCAGAGAGCAACAUCAGCCCCUUCUUGGCCAAGCUGACGGACAAGUGUAAGCCCGAGGGCAUCAAGGUGGGCAGCUACCCAAAGUGGAACAACGGCGUCGACGUCUCCUUGAUUGGCGAGGACAUGGACCGGCUCCAGGAGCUGGGAAAGGAAGUCGAGCGCGAGAUCGAAGGCACCAUCGUUGCCCAGGGCAAGAUCGGCGAGCAGCCCUGAAGACCAUUCGGUGGUUGAUUGCUUGCAUAUUUGCAUCGUCGUUUUGUUUACUUGACAUUAUUACUAGUACAAAGGGUUUACUUUUCUACCAUCCUCAUCAACGGGAGUCAGGUAGUCCAUCGCUCCCUACUCUUCCAUGCCAUCCGCAGCCGCAAUGCUAUAGCCCAAACGGAGCCGAUCCUCGAGC